AUGAGGCCCGCGGCGCUGGUGCUGGCCCUCCUCUCCCUCCUGGCCGCGGCGGGCGGCGAGGCCAACCCGGUGAAGCUCUGCGGCAGGGACUUCGUCAGGGCCGUGGUGUUCACCUGCGGCGGCUCGCGCUGGAGGAGGCACGCGGCCGACGACGGCCCCCCGCCCGACGGUGAAAAUCCCCUGCCCUUCCCACGCGAGAGCGCCGGCCCCGCGGGAGCGCCCGGCCACGCGGGAUUGCCCGGCCACGCGGCUCGGGAGCUGGCGCGCGGCGGCGCGGCGGCGCUGGGGAAGCGCGAAGCCGCCCGGCUGCUCACCGCCUCCUGCUGCAGCGUGGGCUGCAGCGAGCGCGACAUCAGCUCCCUCUGCUAG